AUGGUGGUGGACAACGUGGACUUGUUCACCAAGCCCGAGUACUGGGACCGCGUCAUAGCCAUUUUCACCACGGGCCAGGCGUGGCAGUUUGCCAAGUUCAAGUACUCGCGGCCCGAGCUCUUGUUCCAGCACUACCAGGGCUUCUACAUGGGGUACCUGGGCGACAUUGUGCCCAAGCAGAUCCACGACUGGAACGUGACGCCGAUAGCCGUAGACCGCGGCGAGAAGCGCUUUCGCGACAAGAUGCUCGUGCGCGACUUGUGGGCGCAGCUCGACAAGACGCUAGCCGCCAAGAACUACGGGGUCUAG